AUGGGAAGGAACCAUUGGGAUAUCAAGGAAAAUGAGCUCCAAAGUGUGUGGGCUACAAUCGCUGAAGAAGGGUUCUCUUCUUCAAGGUCCAAGGCUGCUCAGAUAAGGAGUCCUGUGCUGAGAUAUGUGCACAAAGCCCUUGCCAACACCUUCUUUGCAAGGAAGGCCACUGGGACAAUCAAUGAAGGAGAAGUCAAGCUCCUUGACAUGGGGAUUAAGCCCAUCAUCUCACGCACAGUGAUGGGAAGAAGCUCAGAGGAGAUAGUACACGCAGGAAACCUCAUGCCUCUCCUUGAGGAGCUACUCUCCUACAAGACCACAGCCUAUAGCACUCGAUUUCAACAAGGAAUAAAUCUAAGUGUUGGAGGGAUCAUUACACCAAUCCUUUGUGCAGCUGGGGUCCAAUUAAACAAGAAGAAGUCAACCCCAGCUGGUUGGAUGGACAUACAGUUCUGCAAAACCAACCUCCUCAUUGAUCACAAGGAAGUGAAUGGGAAAUAUCAAUUCAAGUUCACACAUCCCACGGCUGGCCCUUCCAAGCUACUCCUGCCCAACCCUGAACUCACCACAGUCAUCAUGGGUGAGAACAUUGACUUCAGACCCCCAUUGUACACAUUAGUUGGGCAUGAGGAUGAUUUGCGAGAAGAGGAGCCUGAACUCGAUCGAGCUGAGGAUCGAGUUGUGGAUCGAGCCGAGAUGAAUGAGGAUUUGGGUGAGCCUGACUGCUACUACUUUGAGGAGUAUGAGGCUCCAAGGAUGAACCCCUAUGUUGUGGCUGCUCACAAGAGGAUUGGACUUCUCCAAAAGUUCAACAAGUGGCAAGGGAAGGCCAUAGAGAAAAUGCAAAAGUCCAUGGACAAAAUGGAGUUGAUCCUUCUCACCACGCCAAGGAGACUCCCUGCCCAAGAGCCUCGUCAUUUGAACCAAGGGAAGAAGGAGACAACACGCAGAGGAGGAGGAAGAGUUCCAAGGCCCGACGCUCUAACUCGACCAGUGGACUCGAUCGAGUCCAAACAGAGGAAACUUAACUCGGUUGAGCUGAUGGUCGAGUUGAUUUUGAGGGGUCAGAAUUCGAAAACCCUGGAUUUGGGUACGAUCAGGCACCUUACCAGGACUACCCACAGAGCCACUGGAACCCAUACGGCUCGUUUGAGCAACCCAAGCUCCACCAGGGCCAAGGAAGCCACACACGCUUUGAGGAAGAAGAAGAGGAGCCGCAAGCUCGAUCGAGCGGCAUAG